AUCUUUGGAUCUUUCAGUUCUCCCGAGCUUCCACAAUCGCAAGUUCCUUGCUCCCCACUGCUGUCAAUAGUCAACUAAUGGUAAUAUAUAACGAUGAUGCUGCAAAGGAUUGUAUAUCUCUACGUGAGCCUACUGCUCAGUUCUUACCCGGGACAAUGUCUGAUGAUGAGCGCUUCUGCUUCCUCGACGCCAGCCAAGAAACUGGUGAUUGUCACGGGUGGUUCGCGUGGCAUCGGCCGUGCCACUUGUGUUUGGUUGGCCUCCAAAGGAUACCAAGUAGCCGUCAAUUAUAAUAAUGGCGAAGAAGCUGCCCAAGAAGUGGUGGCUGAAAUUGAAUCCGCCGGAGGAUCUGCCAAGGCUUUUCAAUGCGAUAUUGGAGAAGAAACACAAGUGGAAGAAAUGUUUGAAGACGUCAUGGGACACUUUGGGAUGCCACCCACCGGAUUGGUGGCCAAUGCUGGGAUUAUGGAGGCCAUGGAAAAGGAUAUCCGAAAGGUUUCUACCGAAACACUGGAGCGGGACUUGAAGGUCAAUACCAUGGGUACCUUCUUUUGCACGCGAGCGUUUGUCAAGCACUGCAGCGUCAACAACGAAAAGGGAGGACAAGGAGGAUCCAUUGUCGUAGUCAGCUCGGUAUCGGCAGAGUCGGCACUGAUCCUAGCCUACGGCAUGUCCAAAGCAGCGCUAGAAGCCAUGGUGAAUGGAUUGUCCAAACAAUUGCCAUUGGAGGGAAUUCGAAUCAACACGAUCAUUCCGGGGCUGAUUGAUACCGGCUUGGCAGCCCCAGAAAUUAUUGAAACCAUGAAAGGAUUCAUCCCUCUCCGUAGAGCAGGCGAUCCAACCGAGGUGGCUCAGGCCAUUGAAUUCCUGCUAUCCGAUGCUAGUUCCUACUGCAGUGGAACCAAACUAAAAGUUUCGGGUGGAUUGUAAUACCGGUACUGGUAAGAAACAGUUCAUUUGUCACGCAUGGAUUCAAUUCCAUGAUACAACAAAACACGAUAAUCUGAGACCGACUGGCUGGCAAGAACAGCCACGGUACUACAGCUACGAUAGGCGACGGUGAGUCCGGAGACUAAUUCAUUACUUUUACCAGCUAGCAAAAUUUGACAAGCAAAUCCACAGAAACUGUUCAUAGAUGCCGGCCGCCCCAAUGGUCCUUUCUUGAUAGCAGUAGUUGUUUGUUU